GAUACCGAUCGCGAUCAAACCAUGGCAUUGAAAUUUUACUACGAUCUGCUCUCGGCACCUUGUCGAAUGGUUUACAUUUUUUUGCGAGUCAACGGUAUACCCUUCGAAUCGCGCACCUAUCAGCUGGUGAAGCGCGAACACGACAACGCCGAGUUCGAAAAAAUCAACGUCUUCAAAAAGGUGCCAGCCAUCGCGCACGACGGCUUCAAUGUCAUGGAGAGUGUCGCGAUCUUGCGCUACCUUUGCCGAGAAUUCAAAGUUGCCGAUCACUGGUAUCCCCGGGAGGACUCGAGGGCCCAGGCUCGCGUCGACGAGUAUCUCGAGUGGCAGCACUUGAACGUGAGGAAGCCUUUGGUCGCCUACUUGAUCGCCAAGGCCAUCUUGCCGAUGCGUACCGGCCAGCAAUCGCCACCCGAGGAAUUGGAACGAUUGAUGAAGGACAUGGAUGCCUGUCUGGAUCAAAUUGAAAAUAUUUGGCUCAGGGAUGGCGCGAUUUUUUUGACAGGACGAGAGAUCAGCAUCGCCGACAUUGUUGGCGCUUGCGAAAUCGAACAUCCUCGUAUGGUCGGCUACGAUCCGCGAAAAGGACGGCCGAAACUCAGUGCUUGGCUGGAUCGCGUCGCCAAAGCUACUUCGCCGCACUACGAGGACGCCCUGGUGAGACUGGAAAAAGUCGUCGUCAAGAAGAGCUUCGAUAUCGACUAAAACUUGUCGCGUGAUUACAACGAGAAAUAUAUUCAUAUAACCUGUCGAACAGAUGGUUUUUUGUGUCAAGCAAAUAUUGGUAGAUAACGUCAUUCGGUACAAAAGAUGCUGCAUCAUAUUACAAAUUAUGCCAUUGCGCUGCAAUUGCAAAGUACACACCUCGCGUGACGGUUGCGCGCGCAUGCAGCUGCCGGCUUAUGACUUGUUUGUAGUCGCAAACUUACAUGCGCAAAUGUGCGCUGCAAUGGUGACAGUAGGUGGGAUUAUCGUGCACUUAAUGUUUUCUUGCCGAUAAAGCGUUAUAGACUCUUUAGUCUCGGUGCAAAAUUGACGGAAAAAACACUGGCCAUCGACCACGCUUCACCUUGUAUUUAUUUUUUCGCCCAGAGAUAUUGAAUUUCCUUCUGAAAGUAAGUCUUUGGAGAUCAACAAUUAAACUGUAUAUUAGGUGCUUUUAAUUUAUUUUGCGUUCAAUAGGCUUCAUUUUUAUGUUUAUAAACUGCGUUUCUAAUGUGCUUGAGACCAUGAGCCCAUUAUAGACGUAUAUGUUUAACACAUACUCAAACGUAUUCUUGUAAAACUCUAAUUAUUUGGCACAUUAAAGUGAACAAUACAUACUAUCUUCGUUUAA